AUGGCAAGAAGUGGUGGAGAUCACUACGCUACGACAAAGCCCGAAGGACAGCUGCUACUCCUACUCCAACAUGUAGCCCCCCGCACGGCACCACAUGUAUUAUCACUACCCCCUGGGCCAUGUCCAAAGUUCUUUACCAGAAAUGUUCAUCAACUGCCAAAGAACGAGCCUUGGCGGAUGUAUGCUACGUGGGCUGAAAGCUAUGGGCCCAUAAUCUCCUUCCGCGUGCCUAACCAGCAGUUCAUAGUGCUCAGCUCCCUAAAAUCGGCUACUAAAUUGCUCGAUUUACGCGCCACUACGUAUUCUGAUCGUCCAAGAAUAUGGAUGAUGGAACUUGCGAAGCUGAAUCUGAACGUGUUCAACAUAUCUUUCACUCACCCGUAUUUCAAGACGUAUCGUACGUUCCUCAAGAACAGUCUGAGUACCCGCACUAUACAAACCUAUCAGUCGCUGCAAACUGAACAAUCUCGUGUGCUGCUUGAUCUUCUACACAAGAACCCCGAACAUUUCGCCGGUCACAUCAAAAGGAAUACAGCGGCCGUUAUCCUUUAUCUCGCAUAUGGCUGGAAGGUCAUCGACAAUGACGAUUAUUGGAUACGUAAACUACAAGAUGGCUUUGAAUCCAGUGCCAUGCUAUCCCAGCCUGGACGUUGGUUCGUCGAAGUGAUGCCAUCACUGUGUUUCUUACCUUCAUGGUUUCCAGGGGCAGGUUUCAAGCGCGUGGCCUUUCACAUCGGGCAAAGGUUAAGUAGGCUUGACGGAACACCAUUUAACUGGACUAAACAGCAAAUACAAAGCGGCAAUUAUACGCAUUCCUUCAUUUCAGAGCAGCUCCUUCAGGAGGAUGGGUCCACGGUCAGCGCCCAACAAGAAGAAAUUGCCACGUGGUGUAGUCAUGGGAUCUAUGCAGCGGGAGCUGACACCACAGCAUCAUCCUUGACAUCUUUUAUUCUGGCGAUGAUGCUCUAUCCCGAGGUGCAGAAACAUGCUCAGGCAGAGAUCGAUGCCAUCGUGGGUCAGGACCAAUUUCCCGCGUUCAAGGACAGAGAAAAGCUUCCGUACAUCGGUGCGCUCAUUCAGGAGCUCCUCCGAUGGGCACCCGCGGCUCCGCAAGGGCUCCCGCACCACGCAAUGGGGGAAGGCGUCUACGAAGGAUACCGCAUACCAAAGGGUGCGAUCGUCAUCGCAAACAUUUUUUCCAUCUCGCGGGAUAAAGAAAUGUACCCUGACCCAUCGGAGUUCAGGCCUGAGCGCUUCCUCGGUCCCUCGCCCCAAUUCGACCCCCGCAAGUUCAUCUUUGGGUUCGGGCACCGUAGAUGCCCUGGGUUACAUCUUGCCGAAGCCUCGUUGUACCUCAAUAUCUCUUGUAUCCUUGCUGCGUUCACGAUCGCCAAACAGCUUGAUGAGAUGGGGGAAGAGAUCACACCUCCUGUAGAGUUCGAGAAUGUUGGUGUACUCUGGUACCCUAAACCAUUCAAGUGCAGGUUCAUCCCAAGGAACAAGGAUCUGUUGGCAACUCUCUCGCAAUAAUUAGCAUAUCAACCGACCUGGGCGAAACCCCAUGGAUUAGUAUGUUUACAGUAGAUCAUCAAGUGGUGCUGUGAUUGCAUGAUUGCUUGGUACUGAGAGAAUUCAAGCGGUCACGCAGCCAUCUGCACUUUUUUCGCGUUAGCAGCCAUGAAUCUCAUUCAGUAUCUUCAAUGUAUUAGCCUAUUGACGCUCGUCUAUUUCAUCCUUAUCCGGUCC